GAUUCAAAAUUUUGGUGAAACGUCACCUUUAUACAAAACUUUGAAUAAAAAGUAAUUAUUUAUUAAAUGUAUGAGACCGCUAUAAAAUUAAGUGAUAGCGCAUUAGAAGACCUACGUUGUUAUGUCUGCAGCGGGUAUUUAUCGAGCAGUCCAAUAAGAGUCCUACCUAACGGCAGCUGCAUUUGUGGAAGGUGUUUGCCUGUGGAUAGAAGUACAGUAACUUGCAGAGUAUUUGCUCUAGAAGCAAUUUUGAACAACGUCUUAUUUCCAUGUCCAAAUAGAGUGAGUGGAUGUAAAGCGAUAACACACUUUAAUAGAACGAUAGAGCACGAAUCGAAAUGUAUUUAUUACACUUCAUCUUGUCCCAUCACUGGUAGCAAUAACUGUGCAUGGGAAGGAUCUGGAGCGGAGAUAAGCGAACAUUUUCUCAAACAUCACAAUUACCUCUUGCAAGGUAGUGCGCAAUUCACAAUUACUUCUAAUGAAGAUUCCCACGGGAUCUUCCUGACUCACCCCGAUAAUCUUUACAUUGUCAAAUACGACUAUGAUGCCAAGCAGAAGAUGUUGUGGUACGAUGUUCGGUACUGCAAGCAGGAGUCUUUCCACGACCUGAACUAUACAAUUCAGAUAUUAAACAGUAACCACCACGACUGCACAAUGUACUUGAAAGGCGCAAAAUGCCAUUUGUACAAUUCGACUUUCUUCGCAAAGGAGAGCAGGAUCCAAUUGAAUAUCAACCAAUUUUACCAAUACCUGGAUGAACCUAGAAGCAUUACAGUCGUGAUACAUUUCAAAUAUACUAAUCCCGGCGGUUAUAGCGCCCAAAACUCGCACUUGGUUAGCAGUUUGAUCGAAACAUUAACCGAAUCCCUAGACAUGUUUUUUGCAAAGGCGUUCUGGUUCUAUCGAGAAUACAUUUUGCGCCAUUCCAAGGAAAUCAUCGACGUCAUUAAGACAGUAUUCUAUUUGGCAGUUACACAAGUUUGUGUUUCGGCAAUUACAGGAUCGACUAAGGCUAAUCAUAAGCGACCGAGAAAUUUUUAAUUAUAUAUGUGUUUCGCAUUUUUAAUAAAGGAAAACUC